AUGAAGCGCCAGCGAAGUCUCCUUGAGUACUUUUCCAAGAGGCGGGAGGAGGCUCUGGAUGUGGCUUCUGCUUCUCCCGCCGCCGAUCCCUGGGCCCAUGGGGCGACAAAGGGAGUGAAGGACGGGCUCCCGCUGGCGCUGGAAACAUCAGCAGCGGCAUCUUCGUCGUUGGCGGCAACAACAAGCAAAAUGCCUCUCCGUCAUUGUGCGUCAGAUGUUGCUUUCCACGCCGCAGCGCCGCAGAUAGACGACAAGGAGAAUAUCGGCGACGGGGCACUUAGUCGUCCCCCCACUUUUUUGCGUUGCGCGGAGAAAAUGAGGCGGAUGCGCAACGGUGCUAGAAGCCCGCAAGCUGCUGUGCAAACUUCUUUAGACUUUGGCCAAAACAAUGCUGGCGGUGUCUUGAAGUGUGGCCUCUGUGGAAUGCUUUUUAACUUCACGGUGAAGGAAGAUAUUCGUAUACAUGAACGCUGCUGCAGCGCGUUGUCUUCCGGUAGUGUUAGUGCGAAUAUGAUAGGGAGACAAUGUGCCGAUGGUCUUGACAUGUGGAUUGCCUCUGAACAGCUUGGCAAGGCGUUGGAGGGGUUCGCGCAGCCAAAGCGACGCAGCCAAGCCGUGAGGGAUAGCACGCGAAAGUGCACCCCUGAGGACUUUUGCACGAGGGUACAGGAAACAUCGGAAAGCGAGCUUGUCCUGUAUGUGUUUGACUGCAGCAAAAAGGAUUGCGUAGAAGAUGCGGUGUUCCGCCGGCUCGUGGAGUCGCUUCAGUUCUCAGAUGUUUUGUCGUGCGCUUCCGCGUAUUGUUUUGUGUCGGUGGUACACCGCCAUGCCGGGUGCCUCCUGUGUGCCGUCGCUGGAAGGCCUUUUACACGGCAGCAGGACCCCGUUCUUCUCUUGAGAAACAGUGGGGAUAGUACCGUGACGCAUUGCUACACACGGUCGUGCAUGACGUUUUGUGACGUGCCGUAUGUGUGGUGUCAGAGUGUCGCGGUGCUUGAGUCAAGGGCAAGGGAUUGGUGGCUUACAAAGACGGUGGCAGCAAUACAGUCGACGCGUCUGGCUAUUCAGGACUUUUUUUAUCCAACUAGACGGAAUGACAACACACAACAACGCCUACACGCUCUUUUGGAAAGUGCACUACGCUGCGCCGUGACAACAUUGGGUCGCCAUGUCAGUUACGGCCACACGCUUUGCCCGCGCUCAGAGUUUUCAUACGAUUGCAGUGCCCUUUCCAGUGACGUGCUGAGCCGUGUGGACUCUGUCACGGCAUGCAUUGACUCGGAAGGACCAUUGUACACACACAACAAUGGUUGCGAUGCACUCGUGGAUUCUGAGAGCUUACUCUCGGUGGUAUCGUAUGGCGAUUGA